CUCUCUUGCUCUACCUUCUCUCUCCUCUCUUUCUCUUUCUAAACUCAAGAUCUUCCUUGCUUUCGGUGCUUUGUAAAGCAAACUUAAGGCUGCCCAGUUGAUCCCUUCUCUCUCUCUCUCUCUGUAUAUUUUCAGAGUCCUCUGUUUCUCUCUCUCUGUCCUUUUUACUCGAUCUAGCUCUGUAAUCUCUGAAUUGAAAUAGACCUCAAAGUUCCAUUUAUUUACAGGUCUCGUUUUCUUCUAGCUUGGGUUUUGUUUCGUUUUUUCUUCAUUGAGUUUGGUGCUUUGGUUGUCAAGAUAAGCUAAAGCAAAGCUAUGCUAAGCUAAGCUUUCAUUUGGGUUGCUUCCUCUACAAGUUCUUAUCUCAACUCUGCUUAGAAUUUAAGCUGGAAAACAAAAAAAAGGAACAAUAAAAAUUUUCUCAGGAAAGUGAAAGAAGGAAAAAAAAAAAUUCCCAGAAUUUUAUGGGAAAAAUAGAUAGAGGGUACGUCUUCAAAUACUGGCACGAGCUAUAGACUUUAAGCUCGAUACUUGAGAGAGGCGAGAGAAAGAGAAAACAGAAGAUAAUCAAGAGGAAAGCUUUCAUGGAUUCUAGUCACCACCAACAACACCAGAAUCACCAACCCAAUUCAGGGUUACUGAGAUAUCGCUCAGCUCCGAGCUCCCUCUUCGUGAAUUUUAGUGGGAACGGAGAUUGUGGUGUUAAUAAUAAUAACAAGAACAGUUUUUCCAUGGAGGGUUCUGAUUCAGAGAGAUUGUUUUCUAGAUUCGUGAACUAUAGUGGAACCAAUGAUUCUGAAUCUUCACCGCCGAGUUUUCAAGAUUUGGAUGAUAAGUCUUCGGUUAUGGCUGCCCAGCAGCAGCGGUAUUCUGGGCUUCCGCCGCAUUAUCCGAGACAAAGCUCGAAUAUGAGUGGCUCUGCUUUGGAUAAUGGCUCCUUUGGAUUGGUGGGUUCAAUGGCUAUGGAUAGCCAUACUCAACCUAAGUCUGUUAACUCCAAUCUUGUUAGGCAAAGUAGCUCUCCUGCUGGCCUUUUUUCUCAUAUCUCUCUACCAAAUGGCUAUGCCACCAUAAAAGGUGCUGGAAACUACGGUGGACUGAAUGGUAGUCACGGCGAAGUGAGUCCACCACCAAACAGAUUGAAGAGUCAGCUUAGUUUCUCACCAAGACUCCCUUCUUUGGGGAUAUUAUCUCAGAUUUCAGAGGUUGAAAGUGAGCACCUUGAGGCAAAUACCCUUGAUGAAGAAAAGCUUGGAAAUGAGAAUGGUGAAGCCAGAUUCUUUGGCUCUGGAUUCUCAUUUGGUUCUUGGAACGAUUCAUCAAAUUUCCCAGAUAGUUAUGGUGCUUUAAGAAGAGACCAAGAUAUUAGCAGAAAAUUAUGCUCGAGUACUCAGAAUGAAGAGAUGGGGAACCGAAUUCACUUGCUAUCCCAUCACUUGAGUUUGCCAAAAACUUCAGCAGAUGUUACCAUGGAGAAGUUCCUGCAUUUCCAAGAUGCUGUUCCUUGUAAAGUUAGAGCCAAGCGUGGUUGUGCCACUCAUCCAAGAAGUAUUGCUGAAAGGGUAAGAAGAACCCGAAUCAGUGAACGAAUGAGGAAACUGCAAGAGCUUGUCCCAAACAUGGAUAAGCAAACAAACACAGCAGACAUGUUGGAUUUGGCUGUUGAGUACAUCAAAGACCUUCAGAAACAGUUCAAGACUCUCAGCGAUAGUCGGGCGAAUUGCAAGUGUUUAAAUAUGCAGAAGGCAAUCCCAAAUCAAGUUGUUUGAUUUAGUUCCACAACAGAUAAAGAAUCGGAUGGAGUAGUGAAUAGAAACUACAUCUUGUUUUUUUUAAUGCACUAAAGAUCCAAAGUAGAAAAGGAGUUACAAGAGUUUUACUACCCUUUUUAGCUGGUGUGAAAUAGAAGGAUGUCAAAUUUUCCUUUCAUAUUACAUAAGCUAACAAGUGUUUCUAGUUACUUCCAAUAUGUGCAAUAUGGUUGGAAGAAAGAAAAAAGAAGAAAAAAAAAAAAGGAAAGGAAAGGAAAAAAGAUGUAUAUGACAUGUCCUAAUAAUGCAUUUGUAAUUUAUUUUGCUUUCCUUGA